UUGCUUUCAUUUGGUAUGAAGUGAAAUUAAAUCCGUCAUUGGCUCUUUAAAUUUCUUUUCCGUUUCAGAUGCUCACUCUUCAACUUUUUCCCUUGCUACCAACAUACUCCGCUCCUUUCCAACUUCCAAAACAGAAAAUUACAACAAAGGAACCCAGAAAUAACAACCCUGUCCAAUUUCGAAAAUCAUUGUCAAGCCAAAACUUGUCCUCUGACAUUUCAGCCCCUGAUUCUGUGUCAACCGUCCAUGCAUUAAAAUCUUGCACUGCAUCGAGGAGCUUAGAACUAGGUUCUUGCAUUCAUGGGACGGUGUUGAAAUCUGGAUUGUGCACCAAUGUCUUUGUCAACAACUCUCUUCUGGAUAUGUACAUGAAAUGUGGGUCUACAGAAGAAGCUAGAAAACUGUUUGACCAUAUGCCUGAGAGGAACGUGGCAUCAUGGACAUCGAUGAUUUCGGGCUACUGCCACAAUGGAUUAGCUGAUGAAGGGAUUUCCACUUUUGUUCAGAUGCUGGAGAAUGAGGACCCCAAUGAGUUCACGCUAGCUGCUGCUUUACAAGCUGUUGCACAAAAAGGCAAUUUCAGAUUCCUUUCUGUUCUCCAUAGUUAUAUUGUCAAGAGUAGAUUUUCCGUGGAUAGCUUUUUGCAGAAUUCUUUGAUAGGAGCAUUUGCAAAAUCUGGGGGUUUAGUGGAUGCAAUCAAGCUUCUUGAGAGAUUUAGUUCCAGGGAUGUUGUUUCUUGGACUUCUGUUAUUUCAGCCUAUGUGCUACAUGGGUUGAUGCAAGAAGCGCUUCUGGUUUUCUUUAGAAUGCAAGAUGAUGGGGUUGUACCGAAUGAGGUAACAAUUUUGAGCAUUCUACAUGCAUGUUCCUUCAUUGGAGGACAGCGGAUAUUGCAAUGGGUUCAUGGGUUGGUGUCAAAAUUGGGUUGGUGCCGACAUGAACUUGUUUUGAAUUCUGUAGCUGAGAUGUACUUAACUAAUGGGUACUUCAGACAAGGAAUACAGCUUUUUUCUGAAUUUUGUUUUGAUGGUGAAGGACAAUAUUUUAGUCCGGAGACAAUGGCAACUCUCCUGCAGGGUUGUGGUCAUAUCCAUUAUUUGAAGUUUGGGAAACAGCUCCAUGGUUACCUAAUCAAGCACGGGUUUUCUUCUUGCAUUGUAGAAAAUUCUCUGAUUGACAUGUAUGCAGAAAACCAGAAAAGUGACUCGGCUUUCCAAGUCUUUGCGAGGAUGAAUGUAAGAGACAUUAUUUCUUGGAAUACAUUGAUUACAUGUCUUGUCAAGAAUGGUGAAUUCCGUGAGGCCUUGAUGCUGCUUAAAGAUGUUCACAACAAUCAUGGAGGAGAGAUGGUGCGUCCAGAUGUCAUCACCAUGUUGGCGUCAAUUCAAGCCUGUUCAAACUUGUCAUCAUUCAUCCCGGGGCAACUUAUUCACGGGUACAUAACCAAAGCUGGCUUAAUUUGCGAUAUCUUCAUUCGGAAUGCUUUGAUAGAUAUGUACGGAAGAUCAGGCAGGUUGGAUUUAGCAGAGAAAGUUUUUGAGGAGAUGCCCACUAAAGAUCUAGGUUCAUGGAAUUCAUUGAUUGCUGCAUACGGAAUCAAUGGAAAUGGGAGACCUGCUCUCCAUGCUUUCACCGAAUUAAGUAAAUCCAGUCCACAUAACCCAAAUGCUAUCACCUUCACCAACAUUCUUUCUGCAUGUUCACAUGCAGGACUAGUAGAAGAAGGCUACGAAAUCUUCAACCGCAUGAGGAGAGAAUAUGGAAUGGAACCAAGUAUGGAACAUUUUGUUUGCGUGGUGGAUCUCUUGGGGAGGUCAGGCAAACUUGAGGAAGCAGAAGACUUUAUAAAGGAAAUGCCUGUAACACCAGCCAACGAUGUUUGGUGUGCUCUGUUGGGUGCGUGUGGGUUCCAUGGAAAUAUUACCAUAGCUGAGAGAGUUGCGAAGAAGCUCUGUGUUCUGGAUCCCGAAGGCAAGGUUUGGAGAGUUGCCCUAUCAAACAUUUAUGCUAGCAGAGGCCAGUGGGAUAAUGCAGCGAAGGUGAGGGCACAGCUAAGGCAAGUAGAAGGGGUGAAAAAGGAAAGGGGAUGGAGUACCGUUGAAGUAGAAGGAGAGAUGUUCAGGUUCAUGGUAAAUGAUACAAGACAUCCAGAGAGUAAAUUGAUCUAUGCUAUCCUAAGUGGAAUGAUGAAACAUGUUAGAGAAAAUGCUAUAGAUCGAUUGUAAACAAUUAAACGGUCUGAGCAGUUGAAACAUAGACAACCAUUAGAUCUCAAGAGGGUGGUCCUUUAUCUUCCAAAUCUUGGUUGAAAUUCAAAUUGGGUUGCUCAAGUACCGAAGAAUUAAUCUAUUAACUGCUAAUGAUUUUUUUA